ACAAAUAAACAAUCAAUCAAUCAACUCCCACCCCUCUGCCCACUCUCCUCCUGUACACAGAUUCACAAACGAAGAACCCUCUCCAUCAGAAUCUCAGAGAUGGCAAUGGACAUGGACCCCCCCAUAAACCCAACCUCCCCCACAGACAACCACGACGAAGACGACGACGCGCCAGACGCCCUCAUCGACCCCGCCGCCUCCCUCACAUACUGGAACUCCGUGUCCGCAGAUACCACGGGGAUGCUGGGCGGGUUCCCGCAGACCUCGCGCAUCGAUCUCCAAGGCUCACACAACUUCCUCACAAAGCUGCGCCGAUCCGCCGCGGCCGCUCGACAGAAAAAAUCCACACCCAGCAACGACAAGGGGAGAAACGAGUUAUUGCCGCAGUUGGGUCGGGCAGCGGACUGCGGCGCGGGCGUCGGGAGAGUAACGAAUGGGUUUCUGAGGAACGUCGCGGCCGUCGUCGAUGUAGUGGAGCCGGUGCGCAAAUUCACGGAUGCGUUGGCGUCCUCGUCGUCGUCGUCUUCGGUGGGGGGUCCUGCGUCUACUACUACAACAACGCCGCAGCGACAGGGAGACAAAGAGCUGCAGCUGCAGCAACUACAAGGGAAAAUCGGAACGAUAGUGAACCUCGGCUUGCAAGACUGGACUCCCCCUCCUUCAUCCUACAACUUAAUCUGGAACCAGUGGUGUCUGGGCCAUCUCACCGACGCACAGCUCGUCGCGUACUUGGUGCGCUGCAAAGACGGGCUGCUCCUCCCUUCUUCUUCUGUUUCUUCUCCCUCUUCAGGAGGAGGAGAAGAAGCGUGGAUCGUAGUCAAGGAAAACCUCUCCACCGAUCCAUGGGGUAAAGACAUCUACGACGAAGUCGAUUCGAGCGUCACGAGGAGCGAUGCCAAGUUCCGCGAGCUGUUUGCCAAGGCUGGCUUGAGGGUUGUGAGGGAUGAGGUGCAGAGGGGGUUUCCGAGGGAUUUGUUUCCUGUGAGGAUGUAUGCUUUGAGGCCUUGA